AUGAGAAUUCAAAUUUUAUCAAAAGGGGAGCUGCAGGUAUCGGACAAAGAACGACACACACAGCUGGAGCAGAUGUUUAGAGACAUCGCGACUAUUGUGGCUGACAAAUGUGUGAAUCCUGAAACAAAGAGGCCGUACACAGUGAUCCUUAUUGAAAGAGCCAUGAAGGAUAUUCACUACUCCGUCAAACCCCACAAGAGCACGAAGCAGCAGGCGCUGGAAGUGAUCAGACAGUUAAAGGAGACCAUGCAAAUUGAACGUGCUCACAUGAGGCUGCGAUUUAUUCUUCCAGCAAAGGAGGGAAAGAAACUGAAAGAGAAGCUCAAGCCACUGAUUAAAGUUAUUGAGAAUGAAGACUUCCAUGAACAGUUGGAAAUUGUGUGCCUUAUUGACCCAGGCUGCUUCAGAGAGAUUGAUGAGCUGAUCCGGAGCGAGACAAAAGGGAGAGGAACACUGGAAGUGCUCAGUCUGAAAGACGUGGAGGAAGGAGAUGAAAAGCUUGAAUAAUGACAACCUGCCUGGAGUGAUUCGAUUUUGACAACAUCCUACGAAAUGACUGGCGUUAGCCACUCUCUUCUGUUAGGCCGUCAUGUUUUUUCCAGUCUCUUGCUGCCAAAUAUUUUCUGACACUAAUCCUUUGGGAUUUUUCCAUGCAGUGUGGUUGUUUUUUUAUCAUUUUACACUUGCUUGGUUUACAAAUGGGUUUGCCUGUAAGAACAUUUUGUGUCCAGAGUUGCACUAAUGAGGAUUGAGUUAAGACUCGAGACAGAAGUUACUGUAGCUUUGG